AUGUCUGAACCCAAAUCAUAUGAUGAUGUCAAAGUCAUAGACCCCGAAAUAAAUAAUGGAGAAAAUGCGCCAUAUACAGACCAUGAAGCCGAAAGAUCCUAUGUGAAGAAGAUUGACUAUAUCGUACUACCUGUGCUAUGUUUGAGCAAUUUGGCAAAUGCAAAGACAGAUGGGCUUGACGAAGAUUUGCACCUGGUGGGAAAUGACUAUUCCCUCUUGAUUCUUCUUUUUUAUAUUCCAUUUGGUAUAUUCAACUUGCCAUGGAAUCUUCUAAUUAAGCGAUAUUCUGGUCGACUCACGCUCUCAUCCAUGUCUGUUGCGUGGGGAAUAUUAGCUCUCUGCCAAUGUGCUGCUAGAGGCUUCGGCUCUCUGCUUGCAAUUAGACUUAUACUCGGCGUCUUUGAGGCUGGCUUCUUUGCAGGCGCGACAUUUUAUUUGACACUAUUUUAUACUCGCGGAGAAAUGGGAUUUCGCUUGGCUAUCAUACAAUCCUUUGCUGUUCUAGCUUCUGCUUUCAGUGGGCUCAUCUCUUUUGGAUUAUUCCAAAUUAAUGACCCAGCUGUGAAGGGAUGGCAAUGGCUCUUCAUCAUCGAGGGAUCAAUGACCCUUAUUACAGGAGUUGGUGGUUUCUUCUUACUACCGGGCAGUGCACCAACAGCCUGGUUCUUGAGCGACAGGGAGAAGGCAGCGGCGACAGUACGUCUUCUUCGCGACACUUCAUCCGAAGUCAACACUAGGUUUGAUCUGAAAGCUUGCUUUGAGUCAUGGAAUGACUGGAAGUUCCCGGUUUGGUGCUUUAUCACUUUCACUUACCCUGUUGCCUAUGCCACUGCGAUGAAUUUCUUCCCCUUGAAGAUUGUUCAACGACUGGGAUACUCGGUAGUGAAGACUGACCUUUGGACUGUUGCACCCAACCUCGUGGGGGCAGUCUUCCUGCUAUGUGUCGCCAAAUGCUCUGAUUAUUUCCGAGAGAGAACGUUCCAUAUCAUCUUUUCAUUGACAGUAUCACUGGUUGGCAUGAUCAUAUUGACUGCUAUCGAUGUGGAAGGGAAUAAAGGCGUGGCAUACUUCGCCUGCUUCCUCAUGGCAGCUGGCUCAUACAUACCAUCUUGUCUUGUUCAUGCAUGGCAUAACAAUAACAAUGUCCAUGAAAAUUCCCGUGCUGCCAAUACGGGAUUCUUUGUUGGUUUGGGAAAUCUAGCAGGUAUAUUGAGUGCAGGAACGUUCCGAACACAAUAUGCGCCCAAGUACUUGCCGACUCUCAUCGCAACAUGCUGCUGUAACGCAGUUUGCAUUGUUCUAGUGCUUGGACUCGGCAGCUGGAUGCGCAUGGAAAACCGCCAGCGAGACAAAAAGCAGGGUCAAACUAUUAGAGAAGCUCAGAUUGACACUAGCCGAUUUCAAGAGGGAGAGAACAGUCCGGAAUGGAGAUAUUUCCCCUGA